CUGAACACUGAACAGUAACUAGCGCUCUCAACGUUUUGAGUUUUCAAAGUUUGCAGCAUUUCCUGUCUAUUUUGGUAGACAAUUUGACUUCAGUUUGAUGAUAUUGUAUUAUUUUCAAACUUCAAAUUUCAUAAGAACUCACAUUGACUUGAUUACAAUGUUUCCGUUUUCAUGGAUAAAUGAAUUUCAAACUUCGGAGAGGGAUACAAUUUCUGAAAGCACAGGAUGUUUAUUGUCUCAAGCUAAUAAAACAAUUCAUGAAAAGAUUUUAUAUUUUCUUAAUUUAACUGGUAGUUUAAGUAAAGUGGAAGAAGCUUUUAUAAAGUAUGAUAACAAUCUUAAAAAUUUUCCUGAACAGAAAAGUCUUUUUCCAUCUUUAAGAGUUCCUCUUGAAAUUGACCUAAAGGAGAUACAAGAAAUUUCUGGUGAUUACAUCUUAAAACUGUUAAUUAAUGAACCACAAAUGACUUCUUCCAUUGUACAAAGGGUCAUUUACACCUACAUUGUCUCUAAAUUAUCCCUGGAAGAUUUUCAACAGCAACAAUUAGAAAUACCACUAAAAAUUAAGUCACUGAGUGAUCUUACUGUAUGUAGUAUUUCAAACAUUCAUGUUGGAAAACUUACUUUAUUACGAGGAACUUUACUUUCUAUUUCCACACCAACUAAAUUCAUCUAUGGUUUAAAAUGUUCACUGACCUCUUGUAAUUCUAAGGGGCAAAGGGUAAUAGGUGCACCACCACAAAGAAUUUCCCUGUGCAGCUUGUGUGGAAAUAGUUUGCAAGAAGUACCAGAAGCUUGUGAAAUGGGAGAACAAACUUCAGGUUUUCUGGUAGUGCUUCCAGAAUAUCAAAAUCUUCAUAAUACAGCAUUUAAUAAGCAAGCUAUUCUGUUGUGCUUUAAAGACGAAACAAUGAGAGGUCUUGAGCCGGGUUUGGAAUAUGAGAUUGCUGGUCAAAUGACUCUUAAAUCAUUUCAAGUUUGGGCUGUUCAAAGAAAAUGUCAUAUUAAUCAAGAAAUUGAUUUUCAUUCCAUACCUUCCAGUAUCCGAAAGUUACAACAAGAUAUUGAAAUUUUGUGCCCUGAUUCUCCUUGGACUUUUGUGGGCUCAUUAGCAUCUGCAUUGUCAGCCAAUGAUUCCUCAGAAACUUGCUUUUUUAAUUUAAAAAUGGGUCUUCUUUUGAGCCUGGCUUCACAGUUAAAGAAACAUUAUGAAAUUAUUUAA